AUGGAUCAUGAAGCAGCCCAGCUGGAGAAACAGCAUGUGCAUGAUGUGUACGAGAGCACUGCACCUUACCUCAGCGACCUGCAGAGCAAAGCCUGGCCGCGCGUCCGCCAGUUCCUCCUGGAGCAGAGGCCUGGGAGCCUCAUCGCUGACAUAGGUUGUGGGACUGGAAAGUAUCUUAAAGUGAACAGCCAGGUGCAUACCGUGGGCUGUGACUACUGUGGGCCAUUGGUAGAGAUUGCCCGGAAUAGAGGAUGUGAAGUCAUGGUAUGUGACAACCUUAAUCUCCCCUUUAGGGAUCAGGGCUUCGAUGCUAUCAUCUCCAUAGGAGUCAUACAUCAUUUCUCCACAAAACAAAGAAGAAUCAGAGCAAUAAAAGAAAUGGCUAGGGUCUUAGUUCCUGGGGGCCAGCUGAUGAUCUAUGUUUGGGCUAUGGAACAAAAGAACCGUCACUUUGAGAAGCAAGAUGUGCUUGUUCCGUGGAACAGGGCCUUAUGUUCCCAGGUCGUCUCAGAAUCCAGCCAGUCUGGGAGAAAGAGGCAGUGUGGACAUGCAGAAAUGAACCAUCACUACCAUCCUCCUUGCUCUGCGUGUAGUUGUUCUGUUUGUUUUAAAGAGAGAUGCGAUUCAAAGCAGUCCCACAGCAUGGACCACUGUAUGGCUAGAACCUGUUGUGGAACUAUUCCUAAGGAAGGUGAGGAAGACAAUGGAUUCUAUAACACAUUAGGAAAGUCUUUUCGUUCCUGGUUUUUCUCCAGAUCUUUGGAUGAAUCAGCUCUGAGGAAGCAAACCGAAAGAGCGAGACCCUCGCAAAACACAGAAGUUUGGGCCAAUAGCGCUAUCUCAGCGCAACCUUCCAGACAUUCUAGUUUAGACCUAGGUCACCAAGAGCCGUUUCCAAUGAAAGAGCAAAAUUUAGAUGAGGACGUGUUUGUGGAAACUUCUUCCCAGAAAAACAUGCAGUGGCUGAGGGCACCAGGCACACUGAAGCAUUUACAUGGAGACCAUCAAGCAGAAACGAAAAGAAAUGGAGAUGGUCAUUUUCUAGAGGGCACCAACGCCAAUGGGAAUUGUGUGGGUGCAGGUAGCGUAGAAGAUGGUAACCCUUCUGCUAGGAAAAUAUUGAGAAAGAUUUCUACAGUUGAUUCCACAGAUUCCAUCCCAGAUGACACAAUUCCUGUGGAAGAGCAACAGCAGGGCACUUUGGAUUCCAGAUCCUUCAUGCGCUACUACCAUGUGUUUCGAGAAGGUGAACUCUGUGACCUGCUCAAGGACAACGUGUCAGAGCUCCACAUUCUGAGCUCGGGGAAUGAUCAUGGCAACUGGUGCGUUGUUGCCGAGAAGAAGGAAAACUGUGAUUGAUUGGGUCAUUUUAGACUACUCCUCCAAAAAGCGAACCACGUUCUUUGUACUCCAUUUAGCAUCCAGUUUUGUUAUUUUUUUAACCUACUUAUGUUUUGGUCUGUAGAGACUAUGAAUUGAUCAUUUUUUAAAUCUUUGGGUAAGCAUAGUGCUAAUAAUUGGUAUUUAUUCAAUAAAGGGUAUUUGUGGCCAAACAUUCAACAAUGUUCCAUCUGAAGAGGCAAUUAUAAAAUGCACAUCAGUAUGGUUUGGAUUCUCUUUUCCCCUGAAAGAUGACAUUCUUGUAAGAAUGUGUUGUUUUCCAAUAUUAUACAUUGAUUUUAAAAGAUUCUGUUUUUUUAAUAUAUCUUUAAAACAGCAUUUUUAAAACGUAAGGGAGUAAUUUCUGUUUCUCAGGUUAUAAUUUAUAUCACUGUGCAAGAUAACAGGUAAGCCUGUUCCACUGCACGAAUA